UUUUAAAAAGAAACUGAUUUGUUUAUGAUACGCGAUGGCGGACUUUGUAGGUGACGGAGAUUUUUCGAAAGAAAAUAUACAAAAAUUUAACAAUGAAAGGCGAAGUAGUAAACAAUGGGUCAAACUUAACGUAGGUGGAACAUAUUUUCUAACAACUAAAACUACUUUGUCUAGGGAUCCUAAUUCAUUUUUAUAUCGAUUAGUUCAAGAGGACAGUGAUUUGAUUUCAGACAGGGACGAAACUGGCGCAUAUUUAAUAGACAGAGAUCCCACAUAUUUUUCACCAGUGCUCAACUAUCUUCGUCAUGGUAAACUGGUUAUCAACAAUGACAUCGCUGAAGAAGGAGUAUUAGAAGAAGCGGAGUUUUACAAUAUUACAGAGCUCAUUAGACUAGUCAAAGAACGUAUAUGCUUGAGAGAAAGAAGACCCUUGAAAGAUUCCAAGAAACAUGUUUACAGAGUUUUGCAAUUUCAUGAGGAAGAGUUAACACAAAUGGUAUCAACCAUGUCUGAUGGAUGGAAGUUUGAACAGUUAAUAAAUAUUGGUUCUCAGUACAACUAUGGCAAUGAUGAACAUGCUGAAUUUUUGUGUGUUGUAAGCCGUGAAUGUGGCAAUUCUCUCAACAGCAAUGAUAUUGAACCCACAGACCGUGCCAAGGUGCUGCAACAAAAAGGUUCACGAAUGUGAGCUUCCUAGGGACUGUUGUAUAUUCUACAUCUUUUUUGAGACUGUCAGCUCUUGUGUGAAUUGUGUAUAUAUAAUGUAGAGUAUUAACAGUCUUUACCCCUUUUGUUUUAAUGAGUUCAAAGUUAUCAUUGUACUUUGAACUAAUGAAAGAGUUGAAAUUAGUCAAUUCCAUUGUAAUCCGUUAGUUCAGUUUUUGAGAGUCAUGUGAAUUAGAUGAAUACUCAGUUUUGAUAUCAAUUAGGAUGAAAUGUUGUAGUUUUAUUAAGAUUCUAGGAGCAAUUUUCCUAAGAUGAUGUCUUCUAUACUGUAUUGUAUUGAGAAUGAGAAUACUUUAGAAAUGUAUUGGGUACAAUAAUGUAAAUUUAUGUAAUUAUUUUGCUUCUCUAAAAGACAUUUAAUUAAAAGCAAUUUUUCAGGGUGUGUAGUAUCUAAUAAAGCUUCAUUAUUAUGUGUAUGUACCAUUUGCAUAGUUAAGAUAGAGAAGCAAUAUAAAAGAUUCUUUGAGCAGAAUAAUAUCUAUUUCAUUACCUUCAGUUGUGUGAAGUCCACUAUUUCAAAGUGUAUUUAAUUUAUUUUAUACUAUGGAAGACACUUUAGCCAAUGGAUGUGAUAGUAGAAUUUAUAGUUCCAUAUAAUUCAGUAAAAAAACAAUCUCCUAGGAUAUAGUUUGAAGCACUAUUUGAGCAAGAAAUGAUUUUGUAAGCAUAGAUCCAUUGUCUAAAAAGUGUACUUAUGAAAGUUCACCUGUUCCACCUCUUUCUAAGAUAUGUAUCAUAUAGUCUACAUUUAUCAUAUGGAACAGUGUUAAAAUAGGGUAGAUGACAAGUUAAAAAAAUUGUAUAGAUAAAAUAGGUAUAUUUAAGAUUAUUAUGAUGAUUCAUAGAUUGUAACAAUUCCACUGGAUCAUUAUACAAAGAUUUAAAGUUGGUUGGAAAGUCUGUUUAAAAAAACCUUUCAUUAAAAAGUCAUCACCAUAAAUGCAAUAUUUAAGAUAACUGUCAAACAGCUUUUUUCGUUAAGAUAUUACUUUAUUUCUAUUGUGACGUCAUGUUAAAGUAUCUUUUAAUAUUGGGUUUGGAUGACUCCAAAAAUGUGAUUUUAUUUUUGUCGUAUCUUUAAAAGCUUUCAUAGUAUCACAGUAAUUUUUUCACCGGUGUUUCUAAUGAUACCUAUAAGGGGCUUGGAAUAGUUGCCAAAAUAAAAAAAUGUCAUCUACUCUAUUAUGUUUCACAAGUGAUAGAUAGGGCUAACUGUCCAAUCACAUCAAACAUAUUUAUCUACUUAAGUAUUAUUAGACAGUAGUGGGCUCUAAAUCUGCUCUGCCAGUCGAAGCUAGGAUUUCAAUAAUUGAGUUAGAAGUUUUAGUUUUUUUUUACAUGUUAAUUGUUUUUUAAAUAGGUAAUCACUUUAGGCAUUUCAAACACACAACAACUUUAUGAUUAUAUUUAAAUGUAAUAUUACUAUGCCCAUCACAUAAUAUUUUUAUGCUAUUUAAGCUGAAAAUGAUGUUUGAUUGAUCCGAGAAUCAUAUAUACCUUAUAAUCUGCUUUCUGCCUCACUGUGUAUUUAUGUUGAAAUCAAUGAGGGUUAUGUUCUGUCAUGAGAGAGCUAUGUCUAGUGGCCUUCCUAUGGUAGAUAUAAUGAUGUGAUAAGUUCUAAAAUAAUGAAGCAUAUUAGUCUGUUGCUUCAAAAUUACUUAUUCAUACCAUGUUCUUCUGUAAUGGUUGGUAUUUGAUCCUGAAAAGAAUAUUAAAUGUUUUGUCUCAUUUAUGCAAUUUAAAAAGCAGAGUUGGUAUAUCAUAAAUAAACAUGAAUCAUGUUAAAUGUGGUUAAAGUAUUAUGGUUAAUUUUUCCUAGCUAUACAUCCAAAAGCUAGUCAUUAUCCUGAUCAAUACUGAUUGAUGGCAUAAUUUAUUUAUACUUUGAUAUGAGUUUGAUAAUGUGGUGUUUUGAGACAUUAUCACUUCUUUACAUCUUAAAUAAUUUUGGUACACAUCCUGUAAUCAAUUCCAGAUUAUGCUCAUUUGCAACUUAUAAUAUUAGAUUCUUACAGUCCUGCA